AUGGGUGUAGCCUCGUCAUGUGGCUACAACAGCAGAGUGUUACCCUUGUUAGGGCAAGGCAGUUACAGUGUUGGCUGCGCAGAUAUGAUGGUGAAAGAUGGGCCAAAUGGGGAUUCGGGGAUUUUUAUGCGGAUAUUCUACCCGGUCGAUAAUAAAGAUCUCGACGAAAACAUCAAAGACGAGGAAUAUGCGCCGUGGAUUCCAAGGAAAGAAUACCUACAAGGAUUGGCAACUUACAUGAAGACACCCUCGUGGAGGUUACAGUUCGUCUCCGAUUGGCUGAUCGGAGAAAAGAGAAUGCCGGCCCUUAUGGAGCGCCCCCUUUCCGGGAGUAAGCAAGCGAGCACCAGCGUCGCCUCGUCCUAUUCCAUGGACGGCUUUGUUUUUACAGAAGAGCCGGGAUUUAAGAAAAAGUUCCCCACCUCACUCUCCAUGCAGUCCUUCUCCAGCCCCACUUUUCCGGUCGUCGUCUUUUCUCACGGGCUCUCUGGAGCUAGAUUUAUGUACUCAACGUAUUGCGCUUCGUUGGCGAGCUAUGGAUUUGUGGUGGCAGCAGUGGAGCAUAGGGACUACUCGGCUUGCUGGACGUAUAAGCUGAUUCCGGAUAUGCUGGAUGGUAGAUUUAAAGAAAAGGAGCUGCCGAUGAGACAGUUGAAGCCCGGUGAGGACGAGAUGAAAGUGCGAGUACCACAAUUGCACAAGCGGGUCUCCGAAAUGGUGAAGGCUCUGCACGUGCUCGAGGAGCUGAAUUUGGGCCUGAUCGGAGCGAGAGGCGAAAAGUCUAGUCGAGUCGUCAUUGGAGAACAUUUUAAUUGGAGGCAAUUUAAGGGCCGUCUUGACCUCUCGCGAGCGGCCGCCGUGGGCCAUUCGUUUGGUGGAGCGACGGCAUUAGGCGCAACGGCUUUUUCCACGGAUUUCCAGGCGGCCGUUGUAUACGAUGGGUGGAUGAUGCCGAUUGAGGAGCAAAUGUAUGAGAGAUUCACCCAACCGACCCUGUUCCUCAAUUCGGGCACCUGGCAAUGGCGGCGAAAUAUCGAAAAGAUGCUGAAGGUUGAUCGAUGCGAGCGGACAUUAUUUACUUACCUGGGCACGACACAUCAAGGGUUUUCCGAUUUCUCAACGCUGGUCCGGAAUCAAUUCCUGUCGAAAAAGUUUCGACUAUCCGGCGAAGUCGAUCCGCAUCUUUCCGGGGAGGCGGCUGUUGAGAUGACGAUUGCGUUUUUGAGAAAGACCUUCGACGGUGGCCCAGCGCAACAAGUCGUUCGCCAAAUGGCCCGCGAGCGCUAUCCAUUCAUUAUCGAGGGCACGAACGUCGACAUGAAGACGCCGCCAAAGUUG